GGAUGACGGUAGGAAACUAAACGACGAGAUACUUCUAACCGCAUUAGCCGAUUCAGAAAGUCUGAUAAACUCCCGACCGCUUACCUAUAUGCCGCAAAGCUCGUCAAAUGCAGAAGCGCUUACACCCAACCACUUUCUAUUAGGAAGUUUGUGCGGAACCAAGGAGCAGCUGCGUCCCAACGUAGAUUUAGCAGAAACACUAAGAAGCAGCUACAAACGAUCUACAGCUUUAGCCGAUGCGAUGUGGGACCGUUGGUUGAAGGAGUAUUUGCCAGCCCUGAACACAAGGUCCAAAUGGCGCGAAGAUACGCGUUGGUUGAAUGUUGGCGAUCUUGUAUUCAUCACUGAGGGUCCGCGGAAGAAUUGGUUGAGGGCGAAGGUUGAGGAGACGAUAGCCGGUAAAGACGGCAGAAUAAGGCAGGUGGUAGUGCGGACGGCAAACGGCAAGUCACUUUAUCGUCACAGAGCAAACGCGCUAUUUAUUUAGUAAAUCCUUGAAAGCGUAAAGGAUUGACGGGGUGGAGUGUUGGCACGUUUGCCUUGUGGUUUGUCAGCACAUAAAAUGUUUGUUUAUAAAGAUCGGUUGUCACUUGACCAUUCGCGAUAAUCCGGGCUGGUUAUCGAACCGAGCACCAGGUGGCGUUAGACAGGAGGAUAACACCGACAACAGAAGAUAAACAGGGGGAGAUAGAAACAAGGCGAGAGGGAAAUGAAGUUACGUCCGAUAGAGAGAGAGAGAGAGAGAAUACGAGAAAUUAGAAACUAGGUCACGGUGGAGAACAGGGGUAACCAAGGGUCAUGCUAUCUCGGUACGCAUUCAAAGGGCAGUACGCAAACGAUCAGCUGAGAGACCGGACUAUUUUUAAACCGCGCCUACACCCGAAAACCAUUAUUCGCUUGUGAAAUCGCCG